AUGUGCGGGGCUGCGGACCCGCCAUUAAAUGUGGAGUCAAGAGGCAGCCCUUGUGUGGGUCCUGGUCCCAAAGAAUGUCGGUGGAGCCGGAAUCAUUUGGAUUCUGAUUCUGAUUCCUCUGCUUCUUCCGGCUCCUCCACCCUCUCUCAAUACUCUUCCCUCGAAGUCCUCUGCUGUCCCACUUGGCUCAAGUGCAGACGAAAUAAAGAAUCUCCAGGCUUGAUCGAUAUGCAGCCGAGUUUCUACAUUGCAAUUCUUCUCAGUUUUGCUGAGAACUUUGCCUACCUACGUCGAACCUACGUCAUCAGAGCUCCAUCACGAAAUCCUAUUCCAUAG